GACGGAGAGAGGUGGAGCUGGUCACUCAGUCAGUGACGACGCUGGCUGGUGGUGACGCUCAAGUCUACCUAACUCACCAAUCUACCAACCUACCUUACUACCUUACACACUCCACUCCUUGUUUCCCUCGAUCUAAUCUUACAUUUCCCACUUCUCCCACUUCUCCCACUUCCACCGCUCAAUUUCAAGGUUCCCACCUUGUCUCCCCUCUUCUGCUUUCCUUCUUUCAACUCGGCCUGCAUGCUUUGCUAAGACGCUACUAGACAGCUCUUUCUUUGGGCUUUCCUCGUGUCCAGACUGUCUUAUUGCUAUUGUUAUGAUUACACGACCCUCUUGUUGAAUAAUGUUUCAUUGUUGAAUUACAGACGACAUGCUUCCCUCUCAAUCCAAUGGCUCUCCCAAACGAGUCAACCCUUUCAGUCGCGCCACGCCAUCACCUUCUUCCUCUCCCAGCCAGCAGGCAAGAGGGCUGCGCCCCAAGUCUGCUGUCGUUGCAUCGCCCAGUAAAUUCCAAGAGGCACGAGGGCAUUUCCGAAACGCCUCGUCAGUCUCGCAAGCAUCUACUUCUUUAGUUCCUCGACCGGGAAUUCGCCAGAGAUCAGGCUCGUUGAGGAAUGAUGCUGCAUCUGGGACCUUUGCGCCGGAGUUCAUAAAGACGGAAGAGCUCCGGCGCGGAGCCGAUCAGAUCCGGGGUCUGGAAGGCGACAAUGACUUCUCUGGGAACAAAUAUGUCUGGCUACGUGACCCUGAGAAGGCAUUCAUACGUGGACUGGUGCUGGAGGAAGAUGAAGGUGGUCGGCUACUCGUUCAGACCGACGAUGGAGAGCAACGAGAGGUCGAAGUCGACCAAGUGGACAAGGUCAACCCGGCGAAGUUCGACAAGGCUGAUGAUAUGGCCGAAUUGACGCAUCUAAACGAGGCCUCGGUGGUUCACAACCUGCAUACCCGAUACCAAGCCGAUCUCAUAUAUACAUAUUCGGGCCUGUUCCUUGUCACCAUCAAUCCUUACUGUCCUCUGCCAAUUUACUCCAACGAAUAUGUCAAGAUGUACAAGGGACGAAAUCGGGAUGAAAACCGCCCCCACAUAUUUGCUAUGGCGGACGAGGCAUUCCGCAAUUUGGUAGAGGAAGGAGAGAACCAGAGCAUCCUGGUCACUGGAGAGUCAGGCGCAGGUAAGACCGAAAACACCAAGAAGGUUAUCCAGUAUCUUGCAGCCGUUGCGACUACGGAUACGCCCUACGCUCGGUCAGGAAACAAGCACUUGUCGACAUUGUCACAGCAAAUUCUUCGCGCGAAUCCGAUUCUCGAAGCAUUCGGUAACGCGCAAACUGUUCGGAACAACAACUCCUCCCGUUUCGGCAAGUUCAUCAGGAUUGAGUUCUCUCGAGCUGGCCAGAUAUCAGGCGCGUCCAUCAACUGGUACCUCCUUGAGAAGUCUCGUGUUGUGAAACCAAAUGCAAACGAGAGAAAUUACCACAUCUUUUACCAGCUUUUGAAAGGUGCAGACCAGAAGUUAAAAGAGUCUUUGCUCUUGUCGGACUUGCAGAUCCAAGAUUUCGCGUACACCAGAGAUGGUAACGAGACGAUUGCAGGGGUCUCUGAUGAGGAGGAGUGGAACCUGUUAGUCGAAGCGUUCCACGUGAUGAACUUUUCAGAUGAAGAUCAGAUGUGCAUCUUGCGCACGAUCGCUGCUGUUCUUCACCUGGGAAACGUAACAAUUGUGAAGGCAAGCUUACGGGCCGAUCAAGCUGCCCUGGCCCCCGAUUCAUUGAACAGUAUAGAAAGAGCCUGUCAUUUGCUUGGGAUCGCACCAGAGCCUUUCGUCAAAGGGUUGCUACAUCCGAGAGUUAAGGCGGGGCGUGAGUGGGUGGAGAAGGUCCAGACUCCGGAGCAGGUCCGGCUUGCUCUCGAUGCCCUGGCCAAGGGUAUUUACGAGCGUGGCUUUGGCAACCUUGUUGACCGCAUCAACGGCCAACUCGACCGUAGCACAGUCACUGGUGAUGAUAGUUACUUCAUUGGAGUUCUUGAUAUUGCUGGUUUCGAGAUUUUCGAGAACAACAGUUUUGAGCAACUGUGUAUCAAUUACACCAAUGAGAAACUUCAACAGUUCUUCAACCACCAUAUGUUCGUCCUAGAGCAGGAAGAAUACGCAAGAGAGCAAAUCGAGUGGCAGUUUAUUGACUUCGGGAAAGACCUGCAGCCAACAAUCGACUUGAUUGAAUUGACCAACCCCAUCGGUAUAUUCUCUUGCUUGGAUGAAGACUGCGUCAUGCCAAAGGCCACUGACAAAACCUUCACCGAAAAGCUACACUCGCUUUGGGAUCGCAAAUCUGCCAAGUAUCGUGCCUCCCGUCUUAGCCAGGGAUUUGUGCUCACGCACUACGCGGCUGAGGUGGAAUACGACACUGAUGGCUGGCUCGAGAAGAACAAGGAUCCGCUUAACGACAACAUAACUCGUCUUCUCGCUCAUUCGGACGAGCCGCAUGUUGCGAAUCUCUUCUCUGAUUGUGGUGACCUUGACGACGAUACUGAUUACCCAAAGAGCCGUGUGAAGAAGGGACUUUUCCGCACCGUUGCCCAGCGGCACAAAGAGCAAUUGGCCAAGUUAAUGCAGCAACUGAACUCUACUCAUCCCCAUUUCGUUCGAUGCAUCAUUCCCAACCACAAAAAGCGUCCUAAGAUGCUGAAUGCGCCUCUUGUCCUCGAUCAAUUGCGAUGCAACGGUGUACUCGAGGGCAUCAGAAUUGCGCGCACAGGCUUCCCCAACAGACUAACAUUUGCUGAGUUCCGUCAACGUUAUGAGGUGCUGUGCCAGAAGAUGCCGAAGGGCUACCUGGAUGGCCAAAAUGCCGCACACAUGAUGCUACAGAAGCUUGAGAUGGACCCUACAUGGUACCGAGUCGGUCGUACAAAAGUCUUCUUCCGGGCCGGUGUUUUGGCCGAAUUGGAAGAGAAACGAGACCAGCUUAUCCGUACCAUCAUGACCCGCUUUCAGUCUGUUGCUCGAGGCUUUGUGCAACGGCGAAUCUUAAACAAACGUCUUUACCGAGCCGAAGCUACGCGAAUCAUCCAGCAGAAUUUCCGAGUCUAUCUGGAUAUGAAGGCUAAUCCCUGGUGGAGAUUGUUUUCAAGAAUGAAGCCCCUCCUUGGUGAGACACGGACGGCCAGCGAAGUCAAGAAGCGAGAUGAGAAGAUCAAGGAGUUGGAGCUGAAGAUGAACCAAGAUCUGGCAAACCGGCACAAGCUCGAGGAGGAAAGGCGCCGGACAGAGAUUGAAAUCCAAAAAAUCCAACAAACUCUGGAGAGCGAACGGGCUCUGGCUCUCGAUAAGGAGGAGAUCUUCAAGAGACUUCAACUCCGGGAAGUUGAACUAAGUGAGAAGCUGGCUGGUGCCAUUGCCGAUCAGGAGAGUCUCGAGGAUCAACUGGAUGAUCUCAUCGCAGCGAAGAAAAAGACAGACGACGAGCUUGAGCUGCGGAUCACCCAACUUGAACAAGCGGGCGAGAUAAUCCAACGUUUCGAGAACGAGAAGCGAGAGAUGCAGGCUCGACUUGAAGAUAUUGAGGGCGAGUUGGCCGAGGCGACAAGAACCUCUUCAGAGAAAGACGCCGAAGUCCAGGAAAUUGGUCAGGAAAUCAAGAUGCUCCAGAGCCAUCUCAGCCUUAAAGAACGCAAGCUUCAAGAUCUGGAGGCGAAGCUGCUGAAGACAGAUCAAGACCUGGAGGUCAAACAUGCGAGGACCUCAAAGGAGUUGGAUCAGUCCAAGAAACACAUUAAGGAGCUCGUCGAGGAGAAUCGCACUAUCCGACAGCAGAUAUCCGAGCUGUCGUCAACAUCAACGGGGUAUGAAGAGAUGCUUCGUCGGAAAGAGAGCGAGAUGGCAGUGCUUCGUAACGAUGCGAAGAAGCACGAGGAUGAGAAGCGCCAGCUAGAAUCCGAGAAGGCUACGCUUUCAACCCGCCAUGAUAAUAUGCAACGACGACUGCGCGAGCUUCAAGCUGAAAGUGACGCUAUGCUGUCUGAAAGGAUUCAACUUGAGCGUGAAGCCGCUGACGUCAAGAAGCUGUUAGAGGAGAAGAUCUCUGAAGACGCCGAAGCUGGUGAGAGUCGAAAGCUCCUUGAACAGCAGAUCCAGGAGCUUAAGGCACAACUUUUCAAGGCGCAGGCAGAUCUGAGUCGGGAAAGGCAGUCCCGGGAUGAUGUCCAGAUGCUCGCCGAGCACAACCUGGCAGAAUUGAAGGAUAAGUACACCGCACUCAAUGAAUCAAAGAUCAUCAUUGAGAAAGAGAUGUACAUCCAGCAAGACACUCUGCGUCGCGCCACUGAGGCCCGCGUUGCUGCUGAAGAGUCGCGGAAGGAGCUGCAGACUGAGCUGAUCCAGCUUAGGGACCGCUUCACCAAGGUCGAAACUGCUCGAUUGGAUGCGGAAGCUGACAUUGAGCGCAACAUUAUGAAGCAGGCUACCGAACGUCUGCAGAGUGUCCAGAAAGACCUCGAUACUCGGUCUCACCAAUUAGAGGAGCUCGAGGCUGAAAGAUCCCGACUUGCCGUCAGAGAACAAGAGCUGAUGAACGCCAUUGCUGAGUCUGACAACUUCCGCAUUCGCCAUGACCAAGCCAAGGAGCGUCUCGAACGAGAAUUGGUAACCUUGAAGGGCAGACUCACAGCGUCAGAGAAUGAUAAUCGUGCUCUCCUUACCAAGAUCCAGCAAAAGAAUCUUGACAUAGCCAGGUCAACCUCAAGGGCAAGUGACAACCAACGGCUUCGUAUCACCAACCUUCAAAAGGAGAAGGCUAAGUUGGAAGAAGACAAUAAGAAGCUUACCCGUCAGCUUGGCGACCUCCAUGUCUCAAUCACAUCGCUGGAGAAGCAGAAGGAGAAGCUUUCUCUCAGCUUGGAAGACUUGAACCACGAAGUCAACAGAGAGCAUAAAGCCAGCCGUAACGCUGAGAAGGCCGCGUCUACAGCGGGAAUUCAGCUCGCGGAAGCUAACAGAAACCUGGAGACGGAAAGACAACUCCGCACACAGGCACAGACCAACACACGUCAACUCCAGAACUCUCUUGAUGGUGCAAAUAAGGAGAUCGAGGAUUUGCAUCGUCAGCUGAUGCUGCUACACAAGGUCGUGGAACCCGAGGCGGAUCCUUUCGAUUCAACGUGGGAAAAGGUACAGCCUGACCUCUCCAAAAAGAUCGACCUGGCUCAUUUACUUGAAGCCACCAGAAGCAAGCUGCAGGUGACCGAGGAGAAAUAUAGUCGGGCCGAGAGCCAGUUGUCGGAAAUGCGCCGUCGUCAUGGCGAUGAGAUGAAGGAGCUCGAUGCGCGAUAUGCCUCCUCGAAACGGGCAUUACUCGAGGAGAUCGACCAGAACCAGGUUGCGGGAAAUCGUACACCAACCCAUCUCCGAAAGAACUCCGACAACAUUGCAAAGAAGUUUGGCACGCCCACGACUCCCAACCGGAAACUGAACUUCAACGAAAUGGCAGACUCCGCUCGCUCCGAUAGGACCGUGGACACCGUAGGCUAUCAGAAGCGGAUGGACAUGGCGGCAGAAAUCGAGGAGCUUCAAAACAAGCUCCAAAUAAGCGAAAUGCAGAACAAGCAUCUCCAGAAUCAGCUUGCGCAAGCAUCCCCAGCCCGCGAUAUGUGGCAGGAUGACUCUGUACGCCGAAUGCAGUUGCUUGAGCGUGAAAAUGGCCGUCUGCAUGAGCAGCUUGAUGAUUCAGCAAGGAAGCUCUCGGCAAUGGAGAAGAGUAUCCAUACGGGAGAGCUCUCGCUCCGCGACAUCCAAGCCAAGUCCCACGAAGAACUCUACGAUCUGAUAAACUCGCAAGAGCAGUCGAGGAGAGCAUUGCUUCAGGUACACAAGGAAACCAUGGCAGAGUUCGGUGACUCCAAGGCUCAACUGGAGAAACUCAAGCGCGCCAAGGCCACAUUGGAGGUAGAGCUACGUGACACCCGCUCUGAGUUCCAAGAGGUGCAAGAUGCACGGGAUCAGGAUGCCAUCAGCCGGAACCAACUUCUCGAAGAGUUCUCUGAUCUUCAAAUCCGGCUUGAUGCGGAGACCUCAAAAACCGCUGAUCUUGCAUCGAGUCUGAGCCUCUACAAGUCCCGAGCGGAUGAAUAUUUCAACAAGCUUGAGCAGGCAGAGAUCACUGUCCUCAAGGCCACUCGGGCUGAGCAGUUUGCCAAAACCCAAGCCCAGGAGGCCGAGGAUACUUGCGCUCAGAUCAUGGCCGAGCGGAAACAGAUGGAUGCUCUUGUCGAAGACCUGCAACGCCAAACACAAUCUCUCGAAGCGCGAAUGGAGGAUCAGGCGGCAGAGCUACAAGCUGCCCUCCAGGCUAAGCAGCGUCUCCAAAACGAGCUUGAAGAUUACAGAAACCAGCGUGCCAUUGACAUUGAGGACAAGGAAACCUCUAUGGAGCAGACCAGACAGAAGUAUCAGCGCGAAUUCUCAACCCUCAACAACGAACUUGAAAUGGAGCGUGAGAAGGUGCUGAAUGUUCGCGGUGAAAAUGCCCGCCUGCGCGAGGAGCUCGAAGAUCUCCGCAGUAAGUGGGACAACGAGGUUCUGAACAGCUCAACCUGGGCAAAGGAGAAGGCCCGCAUGGACAUUAUGCUCCAAGAUGUGACGACCUCUCGUGAUGAGGCGGUAUCUGCGCACAACGAGGCUCAGGGCAAGGUCGUGUCCUUGCUAUCACAAGUCCGGACCCUGCGUACUUCAGUUGAUGACGUGACCGCAGAGCGCGACAUGCUACUUACAGAGAAGAAAACUCUGGAAACGCGCUUGGCUGAAGCCGGUGCAAGACUUGAAGAUCUCGUCAAGGGAGAGAGUCCCUCUAUGCGCAAUGCUGCAAGCAUGGACCGUGAAUUACUAGAGCUGAAGUCCAAACUUGCUCAACAAGAAGAUGUUUCCGCUGCUGCUGUCGGCAAGAUGCGGCGCGCGGAGGCUCUGGUGAUGGAAAUGCAAAAGGAAGUUACUGCUGAGAGAGAGAACAAUGCCCAACUCUUCAAAGACAAAGCUGCGCUCGAGAAGCAACUAAAGGAAUCACAGCUGCGUUGCGUCGACUUGGAAACUAAGAGCUACUCUUCUGGUAGCCAGGACGUACGCUUCCUGCACAAGAGAAUCAAGGAGCUGGAAACACACCUUGAGGAGCAGGAGUCUAAGCAAAGUUCUGAACAACGCUCGUUGCGUAACGUUGACCGAACAGUGAAGGAUCUCCAAUCCCAGAUUGAGCGACGUGAUAAGAUGAAUGCACAGCUGAACGAUGACGUCACCAAGACACGCGCAAAGAUCGACCGACUCCUGCGCGACAUCGAGGAACUUCAACAAAGUGAAUCCGAAGCACAGCUUCAGGCGCGUCGAGCGGAACGAGAACUGCGGGAAGAACGGGAGAAGCUACUCCGGGUGGAGCGAGAACUGGAGGGCUGGAGAGGCCUCCGGGUUGAACGGGGCAGCGCAAUCGGACGGAUCGGCGCAUGGAGUGAUGCGGGCAGCAGACGGGGCAGCAGCGUGUACAACUCCGGCGACAUACCACAACGGAUGCCCAGCAACACGAAAGGCUUCUUGGCCUGAGCGACAACUUACGAACAUGACUUGAUUGAAGCCCUGCAUGGCUACGGAGUGUGAUUGGAUUUGCGGCGUAUGGUUUUGGUCUUAUAUGGUAUUUGAUAUGAUGUGUCUGCGCACUUUAUUGAUCUUCAUAGGAACCGCUAUGCAGGUCCCUGAUGCAAUUUUUGAUGACUUCUGAUGGGAACAUACCUAUCGGCAUGAUUGUAUACUUGAACGACUGCUUUUAUAAUCGUCCAGACAGACCACAGUAAUUGUACAUGGCCUUGGGGUCCCAAUACAACUUAGAGAAGCUUGAGAUGCCGCAUAUUGCUCAG